CUCAGGAACCUGAAGUAAAACAGAGAUGAAACUCAAGCAGGAAGCAACAUAGUAUCAAGCUACUGGAUGGAAACACAUUUGUGUCAUGUGAGUAGACAUGACAGAAACCGCUCUCUUUAAACUAUUUGUGGCAAUCGUGGUCACAUUCAUUUUAGUCCUGCCGGAAUUUUUCAAGACACCGAAAGAAAGGACACAAGAGCUCGCCUGCUGGGAAGUGUGUUUGCUGCCCAAUCUCACCUAUCCGCUUCCCUCCUUCAAUUUUUCUUCUGUGGCUUCUCUGCAACCGGCAGAGGAAACACAGACUGUUAUGGGAGUCUUUCCAAACUACUCCAGUUCCCCAAGCUUCGCUGAGAUUUGCCAAGGCAUCACAAGGGGAUUUUCGAUGUGCUCUUUGUGUUUGGUUUGCAAAUCCAACGGAGAUUUCACUUCUCAGGAACAAACAUCAAAAGGUCUUAUCAUGAGGGGAUCAAUGGAGGUGAAGGCAAAUGACGUUUACUCACCUUGUCAGCUUUUCAACGUCACUGUCGCUCUUCUAGUUGACGCCGCGAGGGAAUACAACACUACCUGUACCCCUGAAACCCACCCUGGAAAUUCCACAACCAUAGAUGAAGAGCCAACCAAGGAAGAUUCUCUAAACCACACUUGCGGGAUUAUGGGAAACACGAGUAAUUGCACUCACAUUUCCAUGAGCCUAGAAAUGGCUGUGAAACCUGUCACUUGUUCUGUGAAGAUCACUUGGUACAUUUUAGUGCUGUUAGUUUUUAUGGUUGGCAUCAUCCUCAUCAUCCACAAAAUACUUGAGGACCACAGGAGAGUACAGAGGUGGCAGAGCAAGUACCAAGGAAAAAAACCUGUAGUGGAAUAUGAAGGUCAUAAAUCCAAAUCUACAGCCUUUCUCUUAAGAGGAAGUGACUCGGCGAAGCUGAGCACGUUGAAUGUGAGGGUUAUCCCAGAGUCCACUCGAGGGCUGCCCUCAGCCCAGGUCGUGGAGGUGCUCCCCCCAAUACCAGAAUUCGAAGUCACUUCUGCAGUGCCCCAGCAAGAUCAAUACCCACGGCUAUCCUUGGACAAUCUGGACCAAAGACUUUGAAGAGUUUGGGUCUGCUGAGGCAGUACGGAUAGGUGAAUAGCAGCGGUGAGACCCUGACUGAUGAGAACCAACUGGAGAGUGUCUCUCUGACCCACGAGAUCAAUGUGACGGGAGUGUGUCAGGAGCUGCUGUGAACCAAGGACAAACUGAUGGAGCCAUGGAAGAGCAACAGAGUGCUUACCUCUAGCACCCAUCAUUAUCCCGCUCAGCAUGGACCUGAAGACUUCAUCUUGAAAAACCAAGAAUGACCAAGGAAGAAAAUCUUCUCACUGGGUUGUGCUGCAGGUGCAGGAUGGUUUUUCCUACACAGAUGGGCAGUUUCUAUUUGGUAAAUUACUUAAGAGGGCCUGUGUAUUUGUUCAUACAUUUAUUUGCAUUUAUAUAUCUUGCCUCCUUUUGGCAUAAGGCUG